UAAAACCUUGUGUCUUGUUCGUCCGGCGCCGUCGUGUACUAGUUCCGCCGCAUCUGUGGACGGCGAUACCAAGUCAGGAAAGCCAUUCUCAAAAAGGUAAGGGAAAACAAAAUAUUGAAGCCGCGUAAUAAUACCUUACUAGAGCCGCGGAGAAAAAGAGAACCCAGAAGCCCCGAUUCCCACUUUACUAAUCUGCUUCAGAAUGAGUCACAACAAGCCUAGACGCUUCAAAAAUCAUCAUCCGCGUCGCGGACAAUCUUCUCGAGGCCAUAAAUUUGUUGGAGAGGACGAGUGUUUGCCAAUCGACCCAGACAAUGAAGAGGAGCUAGCAGUACCAAAAAUUCAGCUUGCCAUGUGGGAUUUUGGGCAGUGUGAUGCAAAAAGGUGCACAGGACGCAAACUCGCACGAUUUGGCUUGUUAAAAGAUUUGCGUGUUAACAGUGGGUUUGGAGGCAUUGUCUUAAGUCCAGUGGGGGUGAAUUGUGUCUCUAAAGAAGAUCAUAGUCUUCUUAAACAAAGAGGCUUAGCCGUUGUGGAUUGCUCGUGGGCACGUCUCGGUGAUGUUCCAUUUGUGAAGUUGCGUUGUGGUGCUCCUCGCCUAUUACCUUGGCUAGUAGCAGCAAACCCAGUAAAUUACGGUCGACCAUGCGAGUUAUCUUGUGUGGAAGCAUUAGCCGCCGCUCUAAUCAUAUGUGGAGAAGGGGAAACAGCAGAUUUGUUGCUUGGUAAGUUCAAGUGGGGCCAUGCUUUUCUUUCCGUUAAUAGAGAACUUCUAAAACAAUACUCAGCAUGCGAGAAUAGUGCUGAUAUUAUUUCGGUCCAGAAUGCUUGGUUAUCACAACAACGACAAGUCCCGAAGGAACCUCGUGUUCUAGAAGGUGCAGAAAAGUCAUCUGUGAGCGAAGACGAUGAGGGUUCCGACGAUUCGGAGGAUGGACUUCCACCAUUGGAGAAGAACCUAAAUCACUUGACCUUGCAGCAAGACAGCGACGAAGAAAGCGAGUAAAACUCGAUACCAUAGGGACAAAACUUUGAUCUAGAGACCAAACACUUUCGACAAAGUCUAGGUUUCUUCUAUGUUGCUUUGCCUUUUUUACUUAAUAGAAGUACUAGCUCCAUUGGAGUUGUGUAAUCUUUUUAUCUUUUUUUCCUUGUAUUUAUAUCCAAGCGUUUCUAAUAAGUAGACCAAUUGCAUUCGAUGUGA